CGGAACCCCUUGCAGAUAACGGCUACUUCUCCAUGUGCUUUGCUCCGUUGCCUCUUGCCAUUUGUACUUCGUUUUAUUCCCCCCCCUCCUCUCUCUCUCUCACCCAGAAUACCCUAACCUUGUUAGGGUUUUUAUCGAUUUUAGCAGGUUUAGCGUUUUCUGCGAGAAUUUUUCUUCAACUUUGUCAUCAAAACUAUUAACGUUUUCAAAAAAUAAAACCUAGGUUUUCUUUUUUGCCCUGUUCUCCACGCCCUAGGGUUUUAAGAGAGCCUGAAGUAUCUAGGGAUUCGAAGAACAAAGCCUUAGUUUUCUUCAAUUCCUCGACCCUCUGCUUGAAAAACCAGGGUUUUCUCUGCAACUUCACCACCUUCGUUCAAUUCCAGAGCCAUGAAAACGGGGGGCCUAAGGAGUGGUGGGGUUUUAAGGGGGAUCCAAUCGCCGGAAACUCCAUACCCCAGUAGUAAUCAUUCUCAGAAGUCUAGGACUUCUCGAAGCUCAAAAGAGAACAUGCCUCCAGAUACAAAUGCUCAGUCUGAAAUUUCAGGGAAACCCAUGGUAAAGAAGAGUCCCCUUCCACCCAGACCACCUUCAUCAAACCCUAAUCCUAACUCUCUGAAGAGGAAGUUAUGCGUGGAGUCUGCCCCCGAAAAUGGUGUCACCGUAUCUUCAGAUUCAGGGGUUAAGGUAAUCGUGCGGAUGAGGCCCUUGAGCAAUGACGAGGAGGAAGGAGAAAAGAUCGUACAGAAAAUUUCUCCUUGUUCUUUGUCAGUUCUGGAUCAAGUAUUCACGUUUGAUUCAGUAGCUGGAACAGACUCGACACAGGUAGAUAUUUUUCAGCUGGUUGGCAUUCCAUUGGUGGAGAAUUGCUUAGCGGGGUUUAAUAGCUCCAUAUUUGCUUAUGGACAGACUGGAAGUGGAAAAACAUAUACCAUGUGGGGUCCUGCCAAUGCUUUAGUCAAUGAGCACUCUCCUGGAAUACAACAGGGACUUACACCUCGUGUCUUUGAGUGUUUGUUUGCAAGGAUUCAGGAAGAGCAAGUUAAACACUCUGACAAGCAGCUCAAUUAUCAGCUGCGCUGUUCUUUUCUAGAGAUUUAUAAUGAACAAAUCACUGAUUUGCUGGAUCCAAAUGGGAGAAACCUCCAGAUUAGAGAAGAUGUUAAGUCUGGUGUCUAUGUCGAGAAUCUAACUGAGGAGCUUGUUUGUACCAUGAAGGACGUAACACAUCUUUUGACUAAGGGCCUUGCAAACAGAAGGGUUGGUGCUACAAGCAUAAAUGCAGAAAGUUCCCGAUCACAUAGUGUCUUUACAUGUGUUGUUGAAUCACGUUGCAAGUGCAUGGCAGAUGGCUUGAGUAGUUUGAGGACAAGUAGAAUCAACCUUGUAGAUCUUGCUGGAUCUGAAAGACAAAAACUCACAGGUGCAGCAGGGGAACGCCUAAAAGAAGCAGGAAAUAUAAACCGAUCUCUUUCACAGCUAGGGAAUUUGAUUAAUAUUCUUGCAGAAGUUUCCCAGACAGGAAAGCAGAGACACAUUCCAUACAGGGAUUCUCGGUUGACUUUCUUGUUGCAAGAGUCCCUAGGUGGGAACGCAAAGUUAGCUAUGAUAUGUGCAAUAUCUCCGGCUCAGAGUUGUAAGAGUGAAACAUUGAGCACUCUGAGGUUUGCCCAACGAGCUAAGGCCAUACAGAACAAGGCGGUUGUGAAUGAAACAACUGAGGAUGAUGUCAAUGUUUUGCGAGAACAGAUACGCCAAUUAAAAGAUGAACUUAUAAGAAUGAAGUCUAAUGGUGGAAAUAGCCCUGGAGAUGGUAAUGGGGGAUACUCAACAGGAUGGAAUGCACGCAGAAGCUUGAAUCUACUGAGGUUGAGCCUGAGCCGUCCAUUAACACUACCCCAUGUUGAAAAUGACAGUGAUGAGGAAAUGGAGAUAGAUGAGAAUGAUGUGGAGAAGCCUUCUUCAUCUAUUCAACCCAUCUCUUACAAUUUUGUCGGCACACUUCCUGUAAUAUCGGAAGAAACCCAAAAUGAUUUGAAGCAAGCAGUUUCAAAAAGCUCAGAUAGUAGUACCAAGUCAGUUCUAAGUGAUUCUCUCACUAAUGGCUGUAUCAGUGAGCAGGGUUCAGAAGAGAAUGAUGUUACAAUGGAAGACACCCAAACAGAGGAAAUUGCCAUUGCCCAACAAGAAAAGUAUUUAGCAAUGGAUACACAAAAUGAACCUGCUGAAUCUCAGCAUUAUACCAAACCCAAUAUCCCCGAUCCUUCAGUCUCAGUAUUACCCAACUCAGAGAAUGGUCUCAUGCUAAAUGGGGAUUCUUGUAAAGACCUUGUGGUGGUAGACCCACAGAACAAUUCAUCACCAAGCACACCAAAUUCUACAAUGUCCAAUCUCAGCAUUGUACCAAGCCCAGUAUCCCCCAUCCUUCAAUCUCCAACCCCAAGCUUGUCACCCCGAGUUGUUAGUGAGAGUAGGAAAAGUUUAAGGAGGUCUGCAAAUCUAUCUCCAUUGAAUGAAAGUCCUAGUGUUGCACAGCCAGUGAGCUCUACUCCUGCUAAUGGCCCUUCUACUCAAAUGAGUAAGAACUUUGUCAUGGCUCCAACUGAGGCCUUAGCUGCGAGUCUCCAACGUGGGCUACAAGUUAUUGAUAAUCAUCAGCAGACCUCGGGUCUGAGGAGAUCUAUGUUUAGGUUCUCAGUCAAGGCUUUGGACCUCAAACCAUUUCAAGCUGCUGAUAAGGUUGACGCAGGAGUUCAGACCUUGCCAGAUGAGCCAGUAGGCUCACAAGACUUUUCUGUGCUUUUGUGUAGUUCAUGCAAGUGUCGCACUGCUCUGACUCUCAAUGAAGUGCGGGAUGAUAACACAGAGAUGCAGUUGGUUCCUGUUGAUGGAUCACAGAUAACCGAAGCUUCCAAAAAUCAAGUUCCCAAAGCGGUCGAAAAGGUCUUGGCUGGUGCAAUUAGGAGAGAGAUGGCAUUGGAAGAGUUCUGUGGCAAGCAAGCUGCUGAAAUUCAGCAGCUAAAUCGUUUGGUUCAGCAAUACAAACAUGAACGUGAAUGUAAUGCCAUUAUUGAACAGACACGGGAGGAUAAGAUCUUACGAUUGGAGGGCCUCAUGGAUGGAGUUCUCCCUGCUGAGGAGUUCAUGGAAGAGGAGUUCCUUUCACUGACAAAUGAACAUAGGCUUCUGAAAGGAAAAUAUGAUAACCACCCUGAGGUUCUAAGGGCGAAUAUAGAGCUGAAGAGAUUGCAAGAGGAGCUGGAUGAGUACCGAAACUUCUUUGAUCUAGGAGAGAGAGAGGUGUUGAUGGAGGAGGUUCAUCAUCUGAGGAACCAGCUUCAGUCUUACAUUGAUUCUUCCUCUCAAGUCUCAACCCGAAACUGGGGUCGCUCUCCCCCCUUACAAUUGACCCAUACAAGCCAAUCAGCUUCACUUCCUCUCUCUACAACUCCCAAUUCGCCAGCUUCCAUUGGUCCUCUCUCAACAAUUACAGGUUCCCUAUUAGAGAACAACCUUGAAGAAAAGCUUCAACAGGAGAGGGAGAAGUGGAUAGAGAGAGAGAGUGAGUGGAUUUCUCUCUCUGAAGAACUAAGACUCGACCUCGAAGCAAGUCGGCGACUAGCAGAGAAGAGGGAGCUUGAACUAAACGCUGAAAAGAAAUGUUCAGAGGAGCUGAAAGAGGCCUUGCAAACAGCCAUGGAGGGCCAUGCUCGAAUCCUCGAUCAAUAUGCUGACCUCCAAGAGAAGCACAUUGCCUUGCUUGCGAGGCAUCGGAAGAUAAGGGAAGGGAUUUCAGAUGUGAAGAAGGCAGCUGCAAAGGCAGGAGUCAAGGGCGCUGAGUCCCGUUUCAUUGACACUCUUGCAGCUGAGAUCUCGGCUUUGAAGGUAGAGAAAGAAAGAGAGAGACAGUAUUUGAGAGACGAGAAUAAGGGGUUGCAAGCACAGUUGAGAGAUACAGCCGAGGCAGUUCAAGCAGCUGGCGAGCUGCUUGUGCGGCUUAAAGAAGCGGAAGAGGCUGUCCUUGUUGCUCAGGAGAGAGGGGUGGCUGCAGAAAAAGAAGUCGAGAAAUUGAAAAAAAAGCAUUCGAAGGAGAUUGCUGCAUUGAACCAGUUCUUAGCAGAGUCUAAGCUCCCAAAGUCAGCUCUGAGGCCGCCAACAAUAUACAAGGAUAGUUACAGUGAGAGACCCAAGUUUGAUGAUGGAGGAGAUACUAAGAGCUUUGGUGACCGAGGAUGGAAAGAGGAAUUCGAAAUGUUUACGUAUGAAGGGGAAGACAGGCCCUCCGCAUGGUAUAAUGGAUAUGAUAGCUGCAACAUUUGAGAAGGAGUUCUGGACUUUCAACUAUAUAAAUGAAGCAACAUAUCAGCGAUUCUGUAUGAUAAUACGAGUGUUCAUCAUGUAUGUGUGGCUACUGGCGACUUCUUACUCGCCUGUCCAUUGUGAGAUUUAUUCAAUGUUCUUUUUGUGUAUGUUUAAAGAAAGUGUCAUUCAUUGUUCGGAAUGUAGUUCAGAUUGUUGUUUGAUCAGCAAGAGAAGAACUUCCAAUUAA